AUGGGAAAAGGCCAGGAUUUAUUGGAUGCGGCGCGUAAGGGCGACGAGAAGAGUGUAGAGAAAAUAUUAGGGCAAAUAUCUAAAAGGAGUGGUCCCUUUCCAAGUUUAAGAAGAAACGCUGCUGGUGUUAACGUUCAAGAUGACAGUGGUUAUACUCCUCUCCAUCAUGCUUGUCUUCAGGGUCACAAAGAAAUAGUGCGUCACCUGCUAUCGGUUGACGCGAACCCAUGCAUCACAAACGACAAGGGGGCUACGCCCCUUCACCUCGCGGCGUUCAAAGGCGAUUCGGAAAUCGUCGCAAUGCUUCUAGCUCACAACAAUCCACCCGUCGAUAUCAAUCAUGUGACGUUAGCCAACGAGACGGCAUUGAUUAUGGCAGCGGAAUUCGGCUCCGUCCACGUGGUGUCUCAGCUCUUAGCCAAGGGAGCUAACGUCAACAUACGAAAUGUGAAGGACGAGAGUGCUUUGGACCUAGCGGCUCAGUAUGGAAGGUUAAAAACCGUCAAAAGGUUGAUCAAAAUCCAUCCAUCGCUGGUGCAUCCUUACAAAUUUCCCAAUUGGAGAGUAAGGAACUUCUCCAACACCCCUCUACAUAGAGCCAGUAUGAACGGUCACGAGGAAGUAGUGAAACUUCUACUCGCGGCGGGAAUCGAUCCCAACAUAAGGACCAACUCCGGCACACCCUUGCAUGAAGCGGCAUGCUUCGGGAAAGCGUCAGUAGUACAGAUACUGUUAGAUGCUGGUGCUGAUUUGAAUGCGGUAGACGGUAGAGACAAAACUGUAGAAGAUUUGUUAGCAGAUUAUUCAGAAGAGGCCACGAGAAGGGUCAGAAGAGUUAUAAGAGAAUACAAGAACAGAAAAAGAAAUAAUUACGAAAGUGAAGAAGAUGUACCUCCAUUUCCAACCGAUAGCAGUCCCACAAGCUACAUCCCCUUGCCUGGCAUGAAAGCCCCAGAGACCCAGAAAAACAAUAACUUAAGUGAUAGCCUAUUAACACCAUCUUCAUCUUUUCUAACAAAAAAUUCACCCCAGAGUUUUGUCAAAAAGCUUGCUUCUAAAUGCUUGGGCUUUAAAGCAAAGUUUAACUCUGCUCCUAACAUAUCUAAUCCUGGGUUAGAGUCGAAUAUCGAUGUUAAACUUAAACAUUCCGAUUCAAAACAUAGCAUCAAUGCACUACACAUAGGUAAUAGUAAAUUUUUUAAAAGGCUAUCAAAAAAGGAGGAAUCUGGUGAUAUUGCUUGUAACGACGAAUUUGAUACUAUAUCGUUAGAUAGGCUAGGCACGUUAAAUAGAGACUCUGCAGUUAAUAGGAGUAAUAGAAGUUGUCCUGGAUUUAAGACUUCAUUACCGAAUAUUUCCGAAAACAAUGAAUUAAGUGAUUCUAAUGAAUCUAUUACUCACAAUGGCAAUAAUGCGGAUUUGAACUGUGAUAAUAAAAAUAAAAAGGGAAUACCAGAAGCCGUAAAUUACGAAGCUAAACUAAAUAUAUUUGAACCACGACAUAAUAGUAAAAGAAUAUCUAUAGCUUCUAAUAUCUCAUUUGAUUCAACUCAUUUAGUAAACGAAUGUUACGAGUCCUAUGAAUUUUCGUCCAAAACAUGUAUAGAAUCAGAAAGUGCAGUAUUAAUUCCUAAACCACCUCCAAGGCUUAAUAUAACAAGUACACUAGAUAACAAAGAUUCAAUUUACGAGAAUAUUAUUCCUGAAAAUCCUAAAAUAAGUCGUCCUACUCCUGCUGUAAGAACGCACAUUCCAAUAAAAGCGCCUAUUGAGGAAGAACAAAAGAAAGUUUUAUACGAAAACGUUUCAAUAAAACCUGAAAGAAAAGCACCGGAUCCACCCAAGCGAACAUUUAUGCCUUCAAAUCUUAUAUCAAAUACCUCAUCGCCCAGUGUAAGCAGAUCAUCUACUUUAUCAUCCGAUUCGAUGAUUGAUGAAAGUAAUUUAGAAGAUAUUUUGCUAUCCGAAAAAUCUAAAUCUUUUCGUCACGGUACAAAAAUGUUGGUACGGAGAGAAUCAAGCAAAUCUAUUAAUUCUGUAAAUAGAACUAAAUCAAACGCAUCUGAUUUUUCUGAUGUAACUGCAGCUAGUGCUCUAGAAAAUGUAGAUUGUAGUGAUGACAUUGAAGAUAAAUCGAUAUAUCUCACAAUGACAGGUACAUUACCUAACAAGAAAACUGAAAAGGUUAAGAAAAAGGUACUCUUCAGACAUAAAACGUUUACCAAUAUAGAAGUAGAUAGAAACUCAGCUAACGCCAAUAUGUUUACAAGGCGAGAUUAUUCAUUUUUAAAAGAUACUUUGGGAAACUACCAUAUACGUGGUACCGGGCACUGUAUUUACAAAGCGCCAACAGUACAAGAAUUCAUUUAUAUUUUCAACAGAGACACUCUCUAUAGUGACGUAGAACCGUUUACAAAAGUACCAAAUGAUAAAAGAGAUAGCUAUUUUGAAACAGGUAUAUGCUUUUGUAAGCCUCGGCCUCCUAAACGCCAUACAAGUGCCGAAGAUUUAUUAGACAUGCCAAACACGGAAAUGGAUGAAAAAGUCACAAUUGACAUAGAUGCGAUUAAAAGUAAAAUGGAAUUUGUUUCUUCAUCGUUUCGAUGUUUUUGUGAUUCAGAUAAAUGUUCCUUGCACGCCAGUAAACGUGAAUCACCGAUGGAAUUAGUUGUAAGGUUUUCCGCCAUGAAAAAGAGUAUUUCUACACCUGAUAUAACUUUAAUACCGUCCCCAACAACGACUAUAGGAAAAACUGGUUUAGUUAAAAAUAGAUCAGUACCAUCCUUAGAAGAUCCUUACGCUGUGGUUGAUAUACAAGAUGUCAUCAGAAGAAAAGAAUGUAGUUUAGGUGAUAAAGAAUCGCAGAGUGGAUAUGAAGCAAUGUCCCCACAUUCUUCCUUAUCAUCUACUAAUCGACCUUAUUCUAUUAAAGAUAUAUCAGAAGUUAUUUCAAUAAGUUCAAAUUCGACAUUGACCAAUGCUAACAUUUCUUGUGCUUCUGAUUCUAUGCAUUUACAGAAAUCAAGCUCCUCGGAACAUUCAGGCCAUUGGUCGUUACAAUCUUGCAAUUCUAACAUUACUAUCGUUUCUGAAGCAUCAUUUAAAACUUGCUUAGAAGAAUCUGAAGAUUCUUCUUCGGAUGGCACGUUACAUUCAGAUGAGGAAAGUUCUGACGCGGAAACAAUUAAAUCGGACGUUAGCACCACCAAACGUCCUUGGGUUCAUAGUAGCUCUUUUAGAUUCGGUAAUAAACAAAAAAAUGAUGAUACGAUUGACGAAGAAUUCGUUUCAGCGGAAUCUUCUAAAUUUGAGAGUGGUAUAAGUGUUGGUUCACUAUCCUCAUCUGAUUGUGAAGAUAGUGGGGAUCCGAGGGGGUUGGUUUCGAGGGGUCGUGAUGUGUCGCUUGAUGCUUCGCUUUGUUCGGGGAUUGGGGAUGUUCGCAGCGGGUCUGGGAGGCGAAGAUGGGAGGAAAUGGAGGGCACGAGUGAGGGUGAUGCGUUGAGCAUUUCUAGCGCGGCGUCGAGUUGUGCUCCGCUACAUUUGGCGCACCAUCAUGAAUAUAGUAAAGUUUCGCCCACCCCUCCUAAGAAGCCUCCACGGAGGAACUUAUCGGUUUCCCCCACCCAUGUCAAUUCUCCAUCUUCUGGGUACAGCUAUGAGCUGAGAGCCCACGCGCGGAGUCAGGACGACCUGGAUGAAAUACAGGGUACUAAAAAUUACCUCAAACACGGUAGAUCGGUCGACCAGUACGUUGACACCAAACUAUCUUACUCUGAGUACGAAGAAAAUCAUAAUUCACCUAGAGCUAUCCCAGUACCUAACCCUAGGCCGAGCAUAAAAAAUCGUACCCAACCUGUCGCCAUCACGGCUAUGUACGAAAAUGUCGUUAUAAAGGAACAAAAUCCUCGCAGAAAACUUAGAAGAAACACAUUUGGACCCCAAUACGAGAACUUUGAGCCAAGAAUGGACAAAAGGAUUCGGAAAUAUUCGAACCAAGAGAAAUCAUCUAUGGAGAGUCUAUUAGAUGACCAGAUCAGUCCAAGCGAAUGUGAUCGUUAUUCUGAAGGGCCGAAGAUAGAUAUUCCGUUAUCGCCAAGUCAUUAUGUACAACCACCCACCCCUGAUCAUCCACCACCUUCGGCAAAGCAAGCAGAGAACAGCAUCCACGAAAGAAUCAGGCCGCUAAGUCAGGAAUACAAAAGAAGAUCAAUGUUGCGGGACAGUCAGACGGAGACAGAACUAUGUUUGCUUCGGGCUCCCUCAGCGGUCUCUGUGGCCAGCGGUGCUACAGAUCGCAGCGGGACUGACAACUGCGUUGAAGAAUACGUGUGUGACGUGCCUUUUGCUGAAAGCAGUGAUGAAAAACCUUUAGACUUAUUAUAUACAACAAAAGUUAAAGAUCAUAGAGCUUGGCAUUCUGUUGUAUCGGACUACCCUGCAAGAAAUAUAGCU